AAAGCCGUUUGUUGAAGAAAAUUGAAAGUGCUUGCAACAUUCAUAAUCACCGCUCCUUGUCCUUCCGCAGUCGCGUCAUCAUAGCCAACUGUUUGGUGCUUUCUAAACUUUGAUACGUUAUUCAUGUUGUCUCCGUGACGAAACAAUUUUUGUCUUCGAUCGUCUCUAUUAUAGUCAAGUUCAUCACUGUCACUGUUUUUCCAAGAUCAGCUUUUCAGCCAUAACAGUUCCUCAGAAACUUGGCGGCCUUGGUUAACUGCAUCCUUUCAUACAGCAAUCCGCGCUCCAGCUGCGAUGGCUGCUUCCGCUGCUGGGAUAUUCUCAUCUUUCGUCAGAGCUUUGGCGCCCGGAAGAGCUCACUUCUUCCAUUGUUCUGCUUCUCCUAGCGGACUAUCUCAUUCACCUUGGAGAGCUUUCGAUGCGGCCCCCAGAGCCUGUGGCAUUAAGUUCCGACUUUCGUCUUUUGUUUCCCUCGCUCCGUCCCUUUCUGUCCAAAGACAGAGAGCACCUGUUGUAUCUUUUGUAUCAAGCCAUGGAUGCUCUUCCCAAAAAUCUCUCUACUGUGGUUAUCAACCCAGAGACUGCCAUGCACAUUCCUCUUGGAUCCACCGUAAAUCCAAUUUGGGCUUUCCCGCUUUGUCCCUCAAUUUUAAAGCUUCCAGCAAGUAGUGCGUACAUCAUUGACUCAGAGUUCCAUUUUACACGACCACGCAGUAAUAUAGAAAUUGCUCAGUCACCCAGACUUGUUAAAAUGUUUCUGAAAGCGGUUCGCGAUGGUUACCUCCAACUGGUCCCUUUCUUCUUACGUACGUGUAUAGCACAAUCCUUAGCUCGCUUGGCCUCUUCUGCCUAUAUACCUGUACUACAUCAUAAUAUCGAUGUCAGUCGGUUUAUCAAAGCCUGUACACUCGUACCUUCUGGGAAAGAUAUCUCAUCCAAAGGAUUUCGAAAGCUUUAUCGUUCGCCUACCCCAGAGUCACUUUCUAGUCUCUCCUCAACGAAAUUGCUCCCAUUUUGGUGUUUUUCUAUUCACCUGCAAGCUCGUACUGUUUGGUAUCAGGCCUUGCAUGACAAACUGGCCACCUGCUCCCCUCUUUUCAAGCUCCUUCCUGAAUUUGUGGAUUCUCCACAGUGCACCUUCUGUAAUAUUUAUGCCGUAGAAGGCAUCGCCCACUCUCUAUAUAAUUGUCCUCCCAAGCUAUUAGUUUGGAAGGAGCUGUGGCCCACAUUAUUCAGCAGCCAGUUCUCUGCCCCUCUGCUUAAAAGAGCCUUGUUCAAGCUGGAAUCCGCUGACUCUUCCGUCGAAAACGAAAUACUUCCUGCCGCUGGAAUUGCAUCCAUCCUUUUAUCCAUCCUGUGUGCUCACUUUAACUUGGUUUUCAACUACUAAUCCUUUGUUCCUUCAACGGUUAUCUCUUUUGCACGUUCCAUCUUAUUGACAUAUUCACACGAACACCUGCUACAAUCGGGAGGAACUCUGUUCCCUCUACCUCAUUUUUGUUUAUAGAUUUCCCUUCAUUUCACCCAAAGCACAUGUCUACAUAACCACUCAUAACAACUGCAAGCGACACCAGAUAAUAUAAAAUCAACACAAAAAAAAAAAAAAAAAAAAUUCAAA